AUGUAUGCAGUAACAAAACUCAACAAACAACACGAACAAAUGUGGAUCAACCUUCAAAAACGACUCAACACUGUGCAGUUUCAGUAUCAGAAGCUAUUUCACAACUCAGAUGUGUACGAUUUUGUUAAGAAUAAGGCAAUCUCGGUUGGAAGCUGGGAAGGAUACUUUGUACCAUCGUUGUUAACAACAACGAGCUUCAUACUUGCCUGCAACAACGCAAAGGUCAAUGUAACAACUCACAAGCAGCCACUUAAUAUAUAUACUAUAUUUGUUGGAUAUCCUGGGACGGGUAAGUUCAACCAAAAUCAAUUUUAAAUAUCUUUUUACUUCCCCUUGUACCUCGCAUACAGUGCGCCAGUGCUUCCCGCACUUACACUCACUCGCAGACAAAAGCAAACAACCUUCAAUUAAAUACGCUGCAAUUCGGAUUUUAAUAUCCUAAUCUUCUCUCAUACAGGCAAGUCUUCUGCAAUCCAAUAUGCUGCCCAGGAUCCACUGGAGCAACUGGACCUCACAAACGCCAUUAUCAGCAAGACGACCUUGUCCAGACUCGUCAAACUGCUGGCAAACAAGAAAAAGGCCAUGAUUCUCUCACCGGAGGUGUUUGACAUCUUGCACAAGCUACUUUGUUUACAUUUGUUUACA